GCAGCGGAGAGCAGCAAUGGUUGAGUCAGCCAGAACCGCAGUGGAGCCGCACUGAGGCAAAGCAAGUUAUACCCCCCCUGUCUGGGGACUAGCACAAGAAAUAGGGGGAGAAGAAGAAGAGAGGAGAAGGAAAUUGUAUACUGCCAAAACCUGAAUGCCGCCUGUUCAAUCAGAUUAACCGGGCAACCCGGAAUUCCAAAACUCCUGCUGCAACAGAGCUCCCGAAUUCGAGCUACAAGAUGACCGUAGUGGCAGGAGAUAACAUGGACGAGACCGUGGCAGUGCCGGGGCACCCGCAGGACUCAUACCCCCCCGACCACGAAGACCACGACUGCUGCGAGAGGGUGGUCAUCAACAUAGCGGGGAUGCGGUUCGAGACACAACUCAAAACUCUCUCCCAGUUCCCCGAGACAUUGCUAGGCAACCCCAAGAAGAGGAUGCGCUACUUUGACCACCUGAGAAACGAGUAUUUCUUUGAUAGAAACCGUCCCAGUUUCGAUGCCAUCCUCUACUAUUACCAGUCUGGCGGUAGACUGAGAAGGCCCGUCAACGUCCCGUUGGAUAUGUUUUCGGAAGAGAUAAAGUUUUAUGAGUUGGGAGUGGAUGCCAUGGAGAAAUUCCGUGAGGAUGAGGGCUUCGUUAGGGAGGAAGAACGUCCUUUACCUGAAAAGGAGUUCCAGCGUCAGAUCUGGCUGCUUUUUGAGCACCCAGAGAGCUCCGGUCCAGCCAGAGGGAUUGCUAUAGUAUCUGUUAUGGUCAUUUUGAUUUCUAUAGUCAUCUUUUGUUUAGAGACUUUACCUGACUUGAAAGAAGACCCUAGGGGUCGGUUUAAGACAGUAGGGAACCAUACUUUUUUCUACAAACCAAACAUCCUAACCGAUCCCUUCUUCAUUAUUGAAACUCUUUGCAUUAUCUGGUUCUCGUUUGAGUUGUUAGUGCGUUUUUUCGCGUGUCCAAGUAAGGCGGUCUUCUCCAAAAACAUGAUGAACAUUAUUGAUAUAGUGGCCAUCAUUCCUUACUUCAUCACACUGGGAACGGAGCUGGCUGAGGACCCCGAAGACCAGGACGAGGGCAUGGGGGAGCAGGCAACAUCUCUGGCCAUCCUCAGGGUGAUCCGUUUGGUCAGAGUGUUUAGAAUCUUCAAGCUGUCACGACACUCCAAAGGAUUGCAGAUCCUGGGACAGACCCUCAAGGCCAGUAUGCGCGAGCUCGGAUUGCUAAUCUUCUUCCUCUUCAUUGGAGUCAUCCUGUUCUCCAGCGCGGUGUAUUUCGCAGAGGCCGAGGAGAAAGGGUCGCACUUCGGCAGCAUCCCAGAAGCCUUCUGGUGGGCCGUGGUAUCUAUGACAACUGUGGGCUAUGGGGACAUGGUGCCUGUCACUAUAGGGGGUAAGAUAGUGGGCUCCCUUUGCGCCAUAGCUGGUGUGUUGACGAUUGCGCUCCCAGUGCCUGUCAUUGUGUCCAACUUCAACUACUUCUACCACAGGGAGACCGAGGGAGAGGAGCAGGCCCAACUCUUAAACGUUAGUGAACCAAACAUUAGUGAAAGCAAUUCUAGUCGCCGUAGCUCGUCCACUGUCAGCAAAUCAGAGUACAUGGAGAUUGAUGGAGAUAUAAAUAAUAGCAUCGACAACUUUAGAGAGGCAAACCUCAGAACUGGCAAUUGCACUAUAGCCAACCAAAACUGUGUAAAUAAAAGCAAGCUGCUCACAGAUGUGUAGAAUUAGACACCACGGGACUUAAAUGAUGCCGUCACAUGUUAACUGCACUAGACCGUCAGGUCUGAAAGCUUCAUUCGCCUCCUAUAAGCGUUCUAGCAUUACAACAGCCAUGCGCAGCAAUUUGAAAGUAAUUAUUACAGGGAGAAAAAAGAAAAUGAAGCUGUUACUAGAGAAUAUAACAUAUAGAUUGAGUAAAUUCAUUAUUCUAAAAUGAUCCUUUAAAUAAGUAUUGAAAAAGAAAAAAGAAACAACUUCUAUUUAACAAGCAAAUGCGGGCGUCCUUGGAGGAACACUUAAUCAACAGCACUCACGAGGACAUAUCUGUCUUUAUCAGACGAAGCCAGGCGUCGUAAUUCAAAUGUAAUGCAUGGAUUACAGAUAACAUUUCAGCAAGUUGCACAAUGCAUCAAGGAGAAAAUGCAUCAGAAAUAUGCUCUGCUGCCUGCAGAGAGAGAGAGAGAGAGAGAGAGACAGAGAGACGCAAGUCAGCAUCUGUAGCAGUCAAGACAGUGGUUGGAUCGAGCGACGCCUCGCCCGAAGUCAGAGAGGCUACUCCUCUACCCCUCUGUCAUCAAAGGAUUUACUAUCCAGCAAAGUGCCCAGGAAAAAGACUGAUCGCUGAUCUCCUGGUUUGGAUGAUGACGAGGAGGAUCUAGGAUACGGACAUCCGCAAUGCUGCUAUUUUCCAGCAGUAAGAUGCUGUAAUUAUGAUAUCACUAAGUGAUUCAACGGGAUUUUAGCCCUUUAAAUGCAAGACAGCACAAUUAUAUAACAAAAGAGCUUCACAUGAGCAUGUUUAGAAACUCUCCAUACAUGUUGAUAUUGGCAUGCCUGUUGAUGAGACAUAACCUCAUAAUAAUGGAGAAAAAAAUAUUUUGGAUAUUUGCAUCCCCCUUAUGCCUUCAUUCGAUUCUUCCACCCAUUUAUGCUUUUGUUUCACUGAGAGUGCAGUACUGGUUUCAAAUAGGUUUUUCAUUUCAAAAUGCUAAUCGUUUAGAAGUAUCUAGGGAGUGAAUGUUAAAAAUCGUAAGGGAAACAGUAACUAAACUAAGAUCAUAGCAUGAGAAAAAUCAACCUGCAUUACGGCCUAUCGACUAGAUACUGUGUAUACUAGUAUAUCUAAUGCAUGACGUCAGUAUUCAGCUUGUUGCAGUUACAGACACUGAAUAGUGUCUCAUACUGUCAUGGAAACGAAACGUGGGUAAUUUAACAAAAAAAUCCCUGAAACGUUUCUGAAAUGUGACAAAAUACAGUAUAUCCAAACCCAACUCCGGGGUUCAGACUUAAAACGUUCUCGAUCAAAGAAGCAGAAUAAAUACCUAUUAUCAAAAAUGCAUAUUCUCCUAAAUACGCAACAAGUAUUACAGUAUUACUUCAAUAGUGCAAUGCAUGGACC